AUGGCGUUCUUUGGUCUUUCUUCUACUCAACGUUGUUCUCUUAGCCGUUACUUCACCUCGUCUCGUCCUACAUCCGGCGAGACUCAUCACGAUUUCAAGACUCGUCGAGGUGGUAGAUUGAGGAUGGUGCGAGGGAAGAAGAUUAAAAAGACUAAGAAGACAAGGAUGGUGGUGGAACCGGCUUGUUCCGACAAACAUUUUCUCGUCGUAGAGCCAAAGGAAGUGAUCAAUAAAUGUGUAGUGGAAGAGACGAAAAGGGUUUGUCCUGAAUUCGAGGAAGCUGUGAAAGAUUGCGUCUUUCACAAGAAAGCUAUGGACUUUGUUGGAGAAGAAGAUGAAUUAGAGCCAGGGAGGUUAUCGAAUGAGGAGCUGAACGAGAGAGUAGAGGCGUUCAUCACAACGUUCAGACAACACUUGGCGCUUGAUGCGCGAAGAGGUAGAGACAGAAAACCUGACCAGAAGAUGAGAUCAAAAGACUCUGUCAUUAGCUUCUUAGGUCGGGAGGUCGCUUGUUCGGUUUAA